AUGGAGACCAUCAGAGACGACGAUGCUCGAGAUGCCUCGAAAUGGACUUCGUUCGCAGAUCCGGAUCCUGAGUAUCUCGAAACCAUCCAGGCGAUGGGAGGCGCCCCAAAUCUUGCAGCCUUCGACAAUAUCGCAGACUUGCGCAAAUUCCUCGCCAGGUCAAAGGCCGCAAUGAGCGACGGAUAUGGCGGUAUCCCAGGUGUCAAAGAAGAAGACCACCAGAUUCCGGUUAGAUUGCUGCCGCCGGCUCGAGGUUAUAACUUCACGCUGACACUUUGGUCAAAGAUGCGAGAUGGACACAGAAUUACAGUGCGCGUAUACUCGCCGGAGACGAAACCGUCAGGAGGUAGUCCUUUGGGUGUUGUCCUUCACGGAGGGGGGUGGUGCCUCGGCGGUCUCGUCGGCGAAGAACUCCUGUGCCGUCUCAUGGCCAGUAAGCUCGGCAUGGUUGCCGUGAACGUCGACUAUCGACUGGCGCCAGAAUACAAGUUCCCUACGGGGCCGCAAGAUUGCUAUGAUGCAACCAAAUGGGCAGGUUCCGUGAGAGAUCUCGACCGGUCACCCGACUAACCAUAGAUAGGCUGCUGAAAAUGCCUCUGCCCUGGGCGCCGAUCCUUCGAAGGGAUUUACUGUUGGUGGUUCAUCCGCUGGUAGGUUCCAUCGAAAUAAGACCCAAAUGCCCUUCGCUAAGAUUUCUUGUGCCAUCAGGAGGUAACAUGGGUGUGGUCGUCUCGCACUUGGCCAGAGAUGAGGGACUAAAGCCAGCGUUGACUGGGUGUCAUUUGAUGAUUCCGGCAGUCUGCAGCGACGAAUGUUUUCCUGAGAAGCACAAAAAGGACUGGAAGUCGUGGGAUCAGUUGCCAGAUGCAGCGAUUUUGAACCACAAGGCUACGGACUUAUUCAGAGACAACUGUGAGUGCUAAUAAGCACGGUGCUUGUGUCCACACUGCUCUUAACGCUGACGCCUUUCAGAUAUCCCGAACAAGGCAGAUCGAGCCAACCAUCUCUUCAGCCCGCUCUUCUGGCCUUCUGGCCAUAAGGGUCUUCCACCCAAUUACUUUCAAAUCGCUGGAGGCGAUCCUCUGAGGGAUGAAGCGCUCAUCUAUGAGCGGAUACUGCGCGAAGAUGACGGCGUGAAGACCAAGGUCGACCUAUAUCCAGGUCAGCCGCACGGGUUCUGGAGCGUUUUUCCCCACAUGAAAGCUUCAAAGACAUUCAUGGAUGAUUCGAUCAAUGGCAUCAAGUGGUUACUGGAGCAGCAGUAG